UGCAGAUAGAAAUACACACAUUUCCCCGGAGCCCACCCGCGCCAGCAUACGAUUGGAAAGGUUAAAGAGCUUGGCAAAUAAUCGUGCUCACGGAGUCUCUGCUGGACCCUAAUCUAGCAUUCAUGGCUGUCAUUUCCAAAUCUCAACAGCAACGGACCCCCGCCACCGACGCAGAAACAAGGGCAAAGCAUAAGUCAGAAUAUAGCAACGACAUCAGUCGAGUACCGAUCCAUCCAAUUCCUCAACUACAAGGACCUUUCGAAGAAUCAAUUGUUGAAGCCACCGAAAGCACUGAAAGCGAACGGUUCGUUUGGCUUGAUGCACAAUCCCGGCGGAGAGAUCUGCUAGAGAGCAUCGAAUAUGAACGAUUGUGCGGACGAAAAUGGCGCCAAAGGUCCGGAGAAAGGUAUCAUCCGUUUUGGAAGCUUAUCGCUGAAAUAUCCUUCGGUAUCCAUCUUCUAGUUAAGAGGCUCGCUAAGUCCGACUUUGAAGUUUUGAAAAUCCUUCAAAGUCAUGUGGAUGAGUUAGAUGGCUUUCUUGGAAGGUCUACAGAGGACUUCCUUUUAAUUCAGGUUGAUGUGCGCACACGAAUUCAAUACCUUAAUCUUCCCCUCCAGAAUUUAGUGGUCUUUGAUGGAAUGCUGCAAGACCGCAACUUCCGCCUAACCAUGAUUGACUAUAAUCAAAAAAUCGAACAUGCUAUCGAGCGAUUCACUACCGCCAUUGAAGACGCACUGAAAGAUAUGCAAAAGGGAAAGGAGGCGAUUGGGGUUUUGUGGCGAUAUCUGAGACAGUCUGAAGAAGAACAUGGACCACUGCCGAGUAACUUGUUAGCCAUCUACAAAGCCAUGCUAGCAAAUACAGAGGGUUGGAAUAUAGCCUUUUCGAAACUCCGCCGUCGAGGGGUGGCGCUACAAUCUGCAUUGUCUCAGCUCUGUCUGGCGAUCACCGAAUUGCAAAGGCGUGUAGGCGUAGCGAGCAGAAAAGAGGCGGUGUCCUUGACACGGAUUACGAUGGCGCCGCCCCGAGACAGGUCAAUCAGAGAACGACUCUUCGAGAGGCGGGCAUCCGCCAUGUUCCCAGGCCUCUCGAGCUCAGAAAAGCCACUGCCCAGUGACCCGUUUUUUACAAAUAUAAUAGACGCACGGCCUGAGGCACCUCUAUCUAAGCAGGUUGAACGCCUCAGAGUCACGCGAAAAAGCGCCCCAAAUCUUCGUGCAUUGCAUGGCCCUCAGAGCUACGAAGGGAAUACCGCUAUUUCAGAUGGAGCGGAAUGCGUGAAUGUUGUCACAGAUGGCUCUAGUCCAACCAGGCUUGUGCCGAGGAUUCAAAGGAGCCUGAGUAGGAGAUUCACGAGGGCUAUACCUACUAAUAAGAAAGUUGAAGGCGAAGAUGCUGAAUUAAAAGGAUAUCGACCCGCUACAGCCCCUUGUAGGAGGUUGAGGUCCCGGAGCAUUUCUUUGGAACAGUUGAAGGGCUUCUGGACAUUGAAGAAAGACGAGCAGGAUGAGCAGCAAGAUAUAGUAGGGCCACCACCUUUGCCGCCGCGAACUCGGACCUACACUGCCCAAGCAUCAGCGAAACGUGAAACUAUGUUAAACCAGUUCUUGCAUCAUUUCAAGUCAGAUAGGGUGAUUGAUUCUUGGGAGGGCACAAUUCAGAAAGAGAGCGCCGUCCGUCAUCCUCCGCAGAGAAGGAAGGAUGAGCCUUGCAGCAAAUUUCGUGCAACAUCAACAACGCUUGAGACGUCCGCAGAACUUCAAACGGAGCCUUUUAGAAGCGAUCUUGAGAGAUCAAUGUCCUGGUUACAGGAACAUCCAUCACGGAAUACAUAUUCGCUAAAACCAAGACGUGAUGUUGAACCUAGAAUCCAUGUUGUUUCGGUCCAUAUGACACUGGGGGAAGACGAAGGAUGUUGCGUCAACAAUAACCACGAUAACGAUAUAGCAAAGGCAGAGACGCAGUCGACCGUAACAGCUCUACCAUCUGUACCAUCUCCAUAAUUAGGCUGCAUGAGUGUGAAUCACUGUCAAUGUAGCAGCUGACCUCCCAUGUCAACCACCGGAUGGUAGGGGAUGCUAUUUGGAGACUUAUGAGUGGGAGCCCUACACUCUUAGCCGAUUUGAGCACGACUAAAAACGUUGCACUGUCAAGGCAACCUAUGAUAUGCUGUUCUUUUCUAAAAGGGCCAAUAUAUAUUCAGAGCCUAGA